AUGAAGAUUAUUUUGCUGUUGAUAACAGUUGAAGUGUACAUCAACUUGAUUUAUCAAAGUGCUGCAUACAAUAGCGGUUGGCACCAGAAGGUACGGUUUAGAAGAAGACGCGCUUCUGAGUCAAAUGAUAUUAACAAUCCAUGUAACUACACUGCCCCGAUUAAACCUAAUUUCUCUGCGCCUAACAGAAGAAUAAGUGAAGUGAGUUUAUUAUGGAGACAAAAACAGCCCGGGCCAUCUUAUGUUCCUGUCGUUAUAGGUGGUCGAAAUACGGAAACUGGAGAAUUUCCUCAUAUGGGUGCCAUUGGUUGGAGAGCUGCUGUUGGAACAUGGAUUUUUAAGUGUGGCAGUUCUUUAAUUAGCUCGAAAUUCCUCUUGACCGCAGCUCAUUGUUCCCGGGUCUCUUCCAGUGAUGCCAGCGUAGCUAAUCCAGUUCCAGAGAUAGUCAGACUUGGUGAUAAAAAUAUAAUUGAUGUAUAUUCUAAGAAUGUAUUUCCUCAAGAAGUAAGGAUCAAAAGAAUAAUUAAUCACCCAAACUUUAAGCCACCUAAAAAAUAUUUUGAUGUUGCACUAAUCGAACUAGUCGAUGAAGUAGUGUUCACCAGAUUUGUGCAACCAGCGUGUCUUUGCUCUAAAUUUAAUACGCAUGAGCUUGGAAAAAAGGCCAUUGUUACUGGCUGGGGUAUUGUUGAAACAGCUGGAAAAAAGAGAUCCCCAGAACUACAAGCUGCAGUGGUGGAUAUUAUAAAUUCUAAUAAGUGCGAUAAUUUGUUAAGACGUUACUAUAGUAGACUAUGGUGUGGUGUUGAAUCGCACCAAAUGUGUGCAGGCAAACUCGCUGGAGGAAUAGAUGCCUGCCAGGGUGACUCUGGAGAACCUUUGCAAGUAAAAAUCCCAUUACCAACAAAGACACAAGAUUCUAUGUACUACGUCAUAGGCGUGACAUCAUUUGGAAUAGGUUGUGCUUUGCCCAAUCUCCCUGGAAUGUAUACGAGGGUGUCCAGCGUCAUAGAUUGGAUCGAAGACAUAGUGUGGCGAGGACUGUCACUAUAA